AUGUCUAACCCACUAGUGCUACCACGCCCAGGAGCAGCAAGUUCCGACACUGCUCCACACUCAAUCCAAGCCCCAUCUGAAGAGACCUUCAUCUCAACCUUUGGCCAACUGCUACCAAAAGCAUCAUAUCUGCAGACGCCCAAGGGCAAAGCAGCAUACUAUGAGAUUCACCCCUCAAGCUCCGAUGCCAAAGCUCCCAUUUCCCGUGUUCUCUUCAUCCAUGGCGUCCAAACACCCGCAAUCGGACUGCAACCACUAGCAAGCGUACUGUCUUCGCGAUUCCCACGCGCCCAUUGUGUCCUCGUUGAUCUAUGGGGCCAUGGUCUUACUGAGACACCUGUUGCAGCGCAUGAGCCGGCACUUUUCCAUGGCUUAUUGGAGGCGCUGAUGAAUCAGCUUCAAUGGGAGAAAGCACAUCUUGUUGGGUAUUCGUUUGGUGGGUCUACGACGGCUACUUUUGCCGCUGCUUAUCCCGAGCGUGUUGAGUCUAUGGUUCUUGUUGCGCCUGCUGGAUUACUGCGGUCUGAGAAAUUUACGGAGUUGGAGAGGAGCUAUUUGCGUGGGGGUGAGGGGUUAGAGGAGCAGGCUCGUGCGUGGGUUCUGGAGUUCCUUGAGGGUGGGGAGUUGGUUGUUCCUGCGGACUGGGAGGAGAGGGUUGGACGGGGCGAGGUGGUUGCAGAGGCUGUGAGGGAUUGGCAGAUGAAGGAGCAUGCUGGACAUCCGGCGAGUGUGGUGGGGAUAUUUAGAGAUGGUGGUGUUUUGGAUAAGCAUGCUGGGUUUGCUGAAGCGGCAAAGAAAGGUAUUGCAAGCUUAUGUGUUCUUGGGGAGUUGGAUGAUUUGUGCACCGUGCAGGAUCUACAAGAUAUUGGAAUGCACAAUGUUGCGGUGGUUCCUCAGGUGGGACAUUCGGUUGUGAGGCAAAAGGUGCUGGAAGUUUCUCUUCUGAUUGAGGAAUUCUGGAAUACGCUGUCAUAG